CUCAGCCCGCCCCUGUGGUGGUGGAGGACAUGCGCAAUCGUCAAUUGUCUUUGGCGUGCGUUUCCUAAUCCUUCCCCUCUUUCUUUCGCUCUGAGUAGGUCAGUAGGAGAGCUUCGCUGGGGCGUCUCUGAGGGGGCUCGCCUGAAGGGCGUUGUUGCUGGCGGAAAGAAGAAGCAUCCAGGAGAAUGGCAGCUUUGAACUGGAAGCCCUUUGUGUAUGGAGGCCUAGCUUCAAUCACUGCAGAAUGUGGUUGGUACGUUCCCAAUUGAUCUGACAAAAACACGUCUCCAAGUGCAAGGUCAAAAACAUGAUGUAAAGCAUAAAGAUAUUCGUUAUCGUGGAAUGUUCCAUGCAUUAGUGAAGAUAUGCAGAGAAGAAGGAUUGAAAGCAUUGUAUUCUGGAAUUGCCCCUGCUAUGCUACGCCAGGCUUCAUAUGGAACCAUAAAAAUAGGCACUUACCAAAGCCUAAAAAGAAUAUUUAUUGAGCAGCCAGAAGAUGAAACCCUGGCUGUAAAUGUAUUAUGUGGAGUUCUCUCUGGUGUGAUCUCCUCAUCUAUUGCAAAUCCUACAGAUGUCCUGAAGAUCAGAAUGCAGGCUCAAGGCAGUGUGAUACGAGGGGGAAUGAUUGGCAACUUCAUAAACAUCUAUCAAAAUGAAGGCACCAGAGGACUGUGGAAGGGGGUGUCUCUUACUGCCCAGAGAGCUGCUAUUGUUGUUGGAGUGGAGCUGCCAGUCUAUGAUCUUGCCAAGAAGCACAUAAUUUUAUCUGGAUUCAUGGGGGAUACUGUGUACACUCACUUUCUAGCAAGUUUUACCUGUGGCUUAGCUGGAGCUCUUGCAUCAAAUCCUAUUGAUGUUGUGAGAACACGAAUGAUGAAUCAGAGCGUUUUACAAAGUGGAACUCAUUCUGGCUACAAGAAUACUUUAGAUUGCUUGCUUCAAACAUGGAAGAAUGAAGGAUUUUUUGCAUUGUACAAAGGAUUCUGGCCAAACUGGUUGAGGCUUGGUCCUUGGAAUAUUAUUUUCUUUGUGACAUAUGAACAGCUGAAGAACAUGGAGUUCUGACAUACUGAAUAUUAGAAAACAUUAUUUCUUUCUUCAAUGGAUUCAUUCACUCAAGUGCCCUUCAGCAUAUUUUUCUACUGUAGACUCCAGUACUGACUAAAAGCAAGUAUCAGUGCAGUUGUUAAAACUUAAAUGUCUCAAGUGCUGCAGAACUGUGUACUACUUGAGACUGGAACAAAAUUUAGCACACAUCAGAACAGUAGUUUUUGAAUGCUCCUGAAUUUCAUCACUGAUAAUAGCCCAAUUUAUUGGUAGGUGGUGUAAAUUUGGAUCAUGUCUGACUGCAAAUGCUAACUGUGUGGAGGUCAAUAGCUGAUGCAUCCAAAGUUCUAAGAAAUGUUGCUUCAUACCAAAUAUCAACUGUACUAAAAUGCACUUCAUAAAAGUUUGUUUAAAUCAGUAUUGCAUUACACAGGUAAUGCCCACAGCUUGUAGCAUCUUCUAAUGUGGGGGGAGGAGGCAUGUAUUUUGAGGUUGUGGAACCUGUUUUCUCCUCCCCACCCCCCACCCCUUCACCUGAAAUCUGACAUUCAGAGUGUGACUUAACCUUCCAUUCAGUAUUUCAGUGCUCUGUGAGACUAGUACUUCAACAGUCUCUAAAUCCAUACGCACAAGACACAAUCCAGACUUAAGCACUGAAGUCCUACUUAUUGCAAUAGUCUGUUUUCAUCAAUAUUUGGAAGUAAGUAGAACUUGCUUCCAAAUAUGUCUGUAUAGGAUUGAAGCCUUUGGGCUGCCUUACGUAAUCUGAUUUCCCUGCUGUUGAAUGGAAUGUAUGAAUUGACUAUACUAAAAGGUAUUGCAUGUUAAGCAAUAACAAAGUUCUGUCUGUGGGGUUGGAAGCUCACAACCCAUUUUUGUAUGCAGAUUAUCCCCUGGUGGUUGUAGUCAUUCAAGUGUUGAUGCCUUAAUUUGCUUAUGUUUCUCGCGAAUGUGCUCACAGAAUCCAGGGUGUUCUGGAUAUGUAUGCCGUUAAGCAAACACUGUUUAGCAGUUAGUAGAAGGGGUGUAUAAUUUUGUCUCUUCUAAAAUAAUUAGGAUUGCAUUGCACAUGAGAAAAUUACUAUCUGCACGUAGGUGGAGAAAUCGACAUGGUUACACAUACAUAUAUCUUGAAAUGUGACAGUCCUGCAUGGCUGUAAACAUUCAUGCACAGGCAUGGGGAAGCUGCAGCUAACUGUGGCUUCUUUGCAUAGGUGCGCACAAUCUUUACCUGUAAUGUAAGUAGGAUUAUUACCCAUUCAUUCCUACAUACAGGUGCCUUCCACGUAGGAAUAUAAUCAUGCCUGAGACAUCUGAGGUUUGGGAUUCUUUCCGAUUAAAAACGCAUCAGCAUAAUAAAAGUACGAGCCCUUUCUCAGGAUCAGUGAGAACGGCUUGGUGGAGGGAGGCAGGGAGGGUUGCUCAAACUUAUCUUCCCCACAGACUAUCCUUUGUUGUUCCCUGGGCAGGUGGAUCGCCCAUCCAGCUGAUUGCCAGCAGCCCCUGGCAGCAUGGAGGGUCAGGAUGCGUCUUCCCGGCCCUCAGAACUCCCAUAAUGCACUGCGUGAAUGCACAAUGCAUUAUGAGUAUCUCAGCAAUGACUGGCGGGCACCCAUCCAAGCAGCCAGCGCUACACACGAGCAGGGAAAUGGGGUUAAGUUAGUGAGCACUUCCUUAACCUCAUUUAACAGGGUAGCUGUGAAGGCGUUCUGCCGCUGAAAUGCCGCUGGCAACCACACAGCUACCAGUGGUUCUUAUGAGCAGCCAAGGCCAGGCUUGGCUUCCUUAGCCUGGUUGUGGCUGAUCGUAAGAACAGCCUCUAGGUCUCUGCAGUAGAAGAGCCCUCUUAUGCUGUUCGUGAUUAGAAACUGUUUAAACAAAGUUGAUGAAAGUCAACUUGUAAUUUUCUGCCUUGGUCAUAGGAACCACAGCUCUAAACUUAAUUUCAUAUGUUAUCUUUAUAAACAAAUAUUGAAAGUUGUGCCCUUUUUGGAAUUGUAACUUCACUAAAGUAACUUGUCAGACUGCCAGGUCUGCCAAAACCAAAUGUUAAAAGUAUUGUUUCUUACACUGCCACUUAUUUUUUGUUUGUCUUCAGAGAGUUAUUUUGGAGUGGCUGAAUGUAAAAAUAUCAAGUAUGCCUGUUUUGGUGGCCACCUACCCUAGAGCCCUUGUGCAUUGAAUGUGGAGGCUGGUGUAUCUAUGUAAAAAUGAUUUAUUGUUUAAGUAUUCAUUCCACUUAAAACAGCUAACAAUUUGUUAGGAAUUGUUUUAUGUUCAGUGUUUAUGAUGCACAGAAGAGCAUUUUUUUUAAACGCACAAGCCACUUUUAAUUUUGAUAUUGACAAAUGUUUGUAUGGUUUGGGUUUUUUUUAACUGCUUUAAGGGUAGAAGUGACGGUGUGGUCAUAGAACACUUUAUUACAAUUAUGUAUGAAGUCUGGAGAAAUAUGUUUGUAUAAAUAACAGAAGUACCUGUGUUCUGAAAUUUCACUUGAGACCUACUAAAAACUUAGAAAUUGGUAAAUUGGCUUAUCCCCACUAACAAAGAAGAAUUUUAAACUUCAAAUCAGUUACAUUUUUUGCAGAAUUGUUCAGCGGUGUUACUUGAGCAAAGCUUUUAAAGGAAAAGUUUAUUAAUGCAAAUAUGAUUUGGAUGUUUCAGAAAAACAAGUAACAAGGGCUAGCUUCGAAAUAAGCAGCACUGAAUAUAACAGAAGGAAUUCUGUCUUGCAUUUAAUCAAUUUUCAGGUUUCAAGAGGCAUAAGCAAUAUCUGUGAUAAAACGCUUACCCAAUAUCUCUCUUUGUUAACAAAGAAGGUAUAAAUGUAUAUCGGUGGCAGUUGGGCGUCUUACCAUGUUACAUCAUGGAAUAGAAAAGGGACUUGCUAUGUUCUCUGUGCUUCUUUCUCCACAACAGUUAAACCUCUUCCUGGCAUGGGAAUGCGUAAUUACUUCCUACAUCUCCACUUCUACCCAACCCAAAGGGAAACUUUACUAGCUGGGAGUAGAAGAAGAUAAUGUGCCUUUUAAAUGGGGAAGGGUUUUCUUUCUGGGUUUAAGAAAACUUCCUCUGUCUGCUUCUAGUCACUGGCUUUGAGUAGUGUCUAGGAAACAUGGCCCUAUGAACUCAGUCUAUAUAAAGACAUUUUCCUUUUUAAAAAAAAUCAGCCUUGGAAGGUUAAAUUGUAAUUAAAAGCAAUGAGUGACCAUUGAUUUAGGAACUUGUAAGAGUUCCUAAAGGUAUUAGACUGCUUGAUAAGCCGUAUGAGCAAACUGCUCAAAAAUUCUGCAUUAGCUUAUGAGCAGCAAAUGUACAUACUGUUGUCUUAUAUGGAUCUGAAAUUCACUCUUUGUUAAUUUAACAAUUACAGAAUUUUUAUUAAUGGCUGUAAAAUGCUCAAAUCAAUUUUCAUGCAACAAAAUUUUAAAUUAUAGUGAGGAGUUUGGUUCUUCAAAAUUUUGCUUAUAUAAUCAAUUAAAUUCUGGGUCAUAUCCAUGCAGCAUUUCUUGAAUGUACAUUGUUUGGUUUGUCAGGCCACUGAAUUGUUUAACAAUGUUAUUUAUUUGUGCAAGUUCUGUACCAUUCAAAGUGCAUUCACUGUUAUGUUUAUGCUUUGUUCAAGCAAGUAGAAUGUUACUUAGUUUUUUAAAAGGCAGAUAUGGAAAAACAAGAUUUCUUCUGGAAUAAGAAUAAAAGGUAAAAAUAGAAA